AAGAGGAGGAGGAGGAGGAGGAGGAGGACGUCGUGAUUUUUCGGGGUUAACUCCCAUCAGUGACAACGGGGAACGGAACCAGAACCAGAACGCGUUCACAGCUGGAGAGUUCUCUUCUCUAGUUCGCAGCCGCAUCAGAACCCGCGUCGGGGGACUUUACGGCAACAAUGGCUCCGAGGAAGACUCCGAAAACCCAGCCGAGAAAAGGAGGCGAUGGUUUCACCCCCCGUCCGUCUGUCCAUCAGCCGGUCGGUUGGUUGGUCAUCAGCAGGAUCACACAGACAGAAACGACUCACUGAAGGAUGGAACCCGAGCCAAAAAAGAAAUAGCCCAGAGGAUUCGUGUGCAGUUGUCCCGCUCUGCUCGUCUUGGAGAAGGUCCAUGCAGCGGUACCGCCACUAUGGCGCCUCCUGCUCCGCCUCCUCGCCGUCCUCAGCUGCCGUAGAGGAGGCCGAUGCAGAGGAGGAGGACGAGCUGCUGAGAGAGGAGGGAGUAGAGGAUGUGGUCCAGGAGACAGGGGCCGUUAAUGAGGAGGAGGUCGUCCCACAGAAGAAGGAGGAAGUAACGCCUGCUGCCUCAGAGACGGAGGCCAAAGUGCCGCCGGUGGAAACCAAGAAUGGAAAGAAAACAGAAGGAGGAGGAGGAGAAGGAGGAGGUCCAGGUCCUAAAUACUCCAUGUUUACCUGGUUUGUGGUCCUGGCUCUGCUGGGAGUCUGGAGCUCCGUGGCCGUGGUCUACUUCGACAUUGUGGACUACGACAGUGUCAUCGCCAGAGCUCAGGAGUUUCGCAUGAACUUUUCUGAAGUUUUACAAGGUAAACUGACGGCCUACGACACCGACGGAGACGGAGACUUUGACGUGGAAGAUGCUAAAGUUCUACUCGGGCUGAGAGACGCUGUUGGAGAUUCACCUGAGGAGGAAACAGUAUUGAAGAGUGAAGGAGCCAGUGAGCCGGUGGCUGAAACGACAAGUCAACAGGAGCCCACAGAGGCCAAGGCCCCCGAAACCACGACUGACCAGAAUCCAUCAGAGAGCGACCGUCAACCUGCCCACGACGAUGACGUCUCUGGAUCUCAGGACCUGGAGUCUGAAAUCCAAGCUGCCGUUCCUCUGCCCCUCCCCCCUCCUCUGGUGGAAGAAGACUUUGUACCAGAUGAUCCUCGAGACAGCGUUCAUCCGUACGAGGACGAGUCCAACGCCAUCGACGCCACCGGAGUUCUGGUGGAGGAGCCGCCGCCAUCGGAGAGCGUGGCAGCCGAGUCCGGACGAUAUCUGACGAGCUCCAAACUCUCGCAGGAAGAAGAGCUGGCGGUCGAAGCUGAGAGUCCGACUGAGCCGCCAGCAGAACCAGAACCUCAGAGUGAGACGCUCAAAGAGGCUGAGGCACAGAAACGGGCUCAGGAGCUGAAAGAAAAAGCAAAGAAGAAAAAACCCAAACUGCUGAACAAGUUGGAUAAAACCAUCAAAGCGGAGAUCGACGCCGCGGAGAAGCUUCGCAAGAAGGGUAAGGCGGAGGAGGCGCUGCGAGCCUUUGAGACGUUGGUGCAGCAGUUUCCACAGAGCCCCCGGGCUCGCUAUGGAAGAGCUCAGGCGGAGGACGACCUGGCCGAGAAGCAGCGCAGUAACGACAUGCUGCAGAGAGCUAUCAACAGCUACAAAGAGGCGGCCGAGCUGCCCGACGUGACCUCCGACCUCCUGAGGGCGGCGCUGAAGAGACGGGCCGAGAGGCAGCAGUUCCUCGGUCGGAUGCGAGGGUCUCUGGCGACUCUGGAGAGGCUCGUUCAGAUCUUUCCAGAAGACGUGAGUCUGAAGAACGACUUGGGCGUCGCCCACCUGUUGCUAGGAGACAACAAGGGCGCCAAGCGGGUCUACGAGGAGGUCCUGGCGGCUGCCCCCGGUAACGGCUUCGCUAAAGUUCACUACGGUUUCAUCCUGAAGUCCGAGAACAAGAUCCCUGAGAGUAUCCCAUACCUGAGGGAUGGUCUGGAGUCAGGUGAACCAGGGACGGACGACGGACGGUUUUACUUCCACCUGGGCGACGCCCUGCAGAGAGUCGGAGACGACAGUGCGUAUCACUGGUACGAGUUGGGUCACCGGCGAGGCCACUUUGCGUCGGUGUGGCAGAGAUCUCUGUACAAUGUGGAAGGACUGAAGGCUCAGCCCUGGUGGACGCCCACUGAGACGGGAUACUCCGAUCUGGUCAAGACGCUGGAGAGGAACUGGAAGACGAUCCGGGACGAGGCUCUGGCUGUGAUGGAUCAAAACACGGGACUGUUCAUACCUGAGGAGGAAAACCUGAGAGAGAAGGGAGAGUGGGGCCAACACACACUGUGGCAACAAGGGAGGAAAGUUGGAACCUCCUGUCAGGGCGUCCCGAAGACUUGCUCACUGCUGGAGAGAUAUCCUGAAGCUACAGGCUGCAAGAGAGGACAGAUUAAGUUCUCGGUGAUGCAGCCAGGUACUCAUGUGUGGCCUCACACUGGUCCCACUAACUGCAGACUGAGGAUGCACCUCGGCCUCGUCGUCCCCCCACAUGGCUGCAGGAUCCGCUGCACCAACCAGACCAGGGAAUGGGAGGAGGGUAAAGUCCUCAUCUUCGACGACUCCUUCGAGCACGAGGUUUGGCAGGACGCCGACAGUUACCGCCUCAUCUUCAUCGUGGACGUGUGGCACCCGGAGCUGACGCAGAACCAGCGGCAGACUCUGAGCGCCAUUUAGGAGCAUGAAGCAGACGGGCGGACGUGGAGCGCAGGCCCGGUGAGAGUCAUGAGCGAUUCUUACUGUCCAUCAAACUGCUAACGGACUCUGACUGACAGACGGACAGUUUGACUGACGGGAUUCUUCUUUUUGCUUUGUUUGUGGAUGAACUACUAAAACUGCAGAAGACGAAGGACUGAAGGAUGGAAAUGAUUUUUUUCUGGGGAAUACUACUGACCUGACAACCUUUGACCAACAAACAAACUGAACGCAUGAGGUACUUGUUUCAGCCCCGUCUGGACCAGCUUCACGUUCCCUUACGUUCAGGGGAAUCUCGCUAACGUUGUAGAAUUCAACGGGUGUUUUCUAGCUCUGGAAACAUUUUGUCAUUUUCCCAAAGGUACAGAGGUUUACUGAGUUUCAAACCAGCUCCUGGUGUCACGUGUUGGAGAUGAAUUGCGACGUGAAACACUAAACCCUCGAACAGAAGAGAGGAGUCCCUGAUAAAAAAGAGCUCAUAUACAUUUUUGAGAAUGUUGUGGAAAUGUUGCUGUUACUAAGAGAGAAGUCGUCGUUUCACUUUAUUCCACGUUUCACUUUUUCCAUCACCUUUUGCACAGUCACAAGGAAACAUUAGACGCUAUGACAGAGGAUUUAUAUUUGUAUAAAAAAAUACAGAAACAUUGGUUACCACAAAAAAGUGAGUGUGAGUGUUUGGUUUCCUCCGGCGACCGUUACUUCCACUCUGGUGCGAUCCUUCAUCUUGUUUUCUUUUUCAAGGGUUUUGUCACAUGACGUGUGGUCGUGAAUUAUUUUCAUUAUCGUUUAAUCGGUCGAUUAUUUUCUCGAUUAAUCAAUUAGUUGUCAAUUAGUUGGUCAAACCAAAGAUAUUUAGUUUACUGUCACGGAUGAGCAAAGAAAGUAGACCAUUUAGAAAGUAGAGAAACAUUUAAUAAGCUGAAAUCAGAGAAUUCUUUUCUUGAACCGAUUAAUCGAUUAUCACAAUAGUUGGCGAUUAAUUUUGUUGUUGAUUAUUAAUCGAUUAACUGUUGCAGCUCUAGUCGUGAAACAUUUCGACAGCAGCAUGAACUUCAGCAUUCUGUACCUUGAAAGGAGCCAUUUUGAAUUUCCGCCUCUCUGGAUUCUUUAAAACACGUUGUCAAGUUCAAUGUUGGAGCUUAAAAAAAAACUAUGUUACCAACAGCUUUUUUUUGUUCCAAAAAUAAAAUGUCCACUGUGAAAUGAAA